UGUCUCUCUUUAAUUAUACAUACACGUUGCACGUGUCGACCUACUCCGUACCCCUUGAAUAAUCACGAUAUCUUUUCACGCCACGAAAUGAAAAUAAGAAGGAAAGAAUAGGUACUUGUCCGUCAGUGUCAAGAAGAAGAAUAAGAGACAAGAUGGAUAAAGAUUCAGAAAAGACAAAAGUUAGUCCUACGCCGGCUUGUUUGAAGCUAGAGAACGAAGCGUCGUACACCAAAGAUUUUGCUUUGCUGAUGACGAGUUUUUUAAUGAAAAUCGUCGGUCUCUGGCUAACAAAGAACAAGGAAGAAGAACGUACACGUCAGUUAACUUUGAUGUACACCGUAGUCGCGAUCCUGUUCGGUGUGUGGGUGCAGUUCAGGGACUUUUACUACUCGUGGCCGAACUUUGGCGAUUGUGCUUACACGGCUUGCAAUAUUUUAUGCCUUAUUAUGGUAUUGCUAAAAUUGUCCGUCGUAUUUAUACACAAGAAAGAAUUCAUCGAGCUGCUUGUGUACACGCACAAGAAUUUUUGGCACACGAAUUACAGUUACAACGAGCUAUUGUUGUUACAAAACUGUAGAAAGAUUUCCAUCGUGUGUAUCUCUUUGAUCAAUGUUUGUGCUCAAGGCACGGUCUUCGGCUACGUGCUAACGCCUAUCGUAGAAAACAUUGGAAGAAACCAUUCGGAUAGAGUUCUGCCAUUUAGAAUGUGGCUCGAUCUACCAUUGAGUGUGACACCAUACUAUGAAAUACUAUUCGUGCUUCAGGUUCUCUCUUUGUACCACGUUGGUAUAUGUUACAUUUGUUUCGACAAUCUUUUGUGUCUGAUAAAUCUGCACGCGGCCACUCAAUUUCGUAUAUUACAAUACAGGUUGUUGUACUUGGGUGAAACGAUUGAAAAGCAACCGAACGAGCACGCUAUCAAAGAGACCUUGCCAUCAAAUUACUUGAAAAAUUAUCACACGGUAUUUAAAUGUUGCGUUAGAGAACAUCAAGAUCGAAUUAAUUAUUGUCAGAGACUAAACAAUAUAUUUACGUACAUCGUUCUUGGACACAUAGUUGUCUUUAGCCUUUUACUGUGUCUGGUUGGUUUCCAGGUGCUUAUGGCAAAUUCACCUCCUACACGGCGACUGAUUUUCGUAUUCCACAUAGUGGGCAGUUCCAGCCAGUUAUUGCUGUUCACGUACAGUUGCGAUACUCUGAUACGAGAAAGCACGAAUAUUGGCACUGCUGUUUAUUCUGGCCCCUGGACCCAUCUAACGAUGGACAAAAUUGGGAAAUUACUACGAAAAGAUCUGACAAUGAUCAUCCUGAGAUCGAGUAAGCCUUGCUGCUUAACUGCCAGCGGGUUCUUUCCUGUCUCUCUGGAAACUUGUACCAAGGUGCUGAGUACCGCGAUGUCAUACUUCACUUUAAUGAGACAAUCUUUCACUAAUUAAAAUUAUAAACGUAGGACGUCCAAUGCGAUAAUAGAUGACAGAUCAAAGAUAGUAUAAUAUUGGUAUUUGUUGAACAAAUACUAAAUUUAUACAAGAAUAAAGAUGACUCCCUUACAAG